UAGCAAAGAAAGGCGAGGCUUACGCCAUUUUACCUCAGCGAGCAUUCAUAAAGCUGCGAGCAUUCAUACAGCGGCUGUAUCUUGCUUGGUUCCGCAGAAUCAGUUGCUCUCCCUCCGCGGUUGAGCUCUGAUCACCUUUCCUGCCUCUCUGGGCAAGGGAAAGGCCUGCAAGCCUACUGGUGCUCUGAGCUUCGGGGAACACAGCUUCCAGGACACAGAGAAUCUUGGCUCCUUGGCAUCUUCGCAGCUAUUCUUUCAAAAACACCGGCUGCUGAGGACUGGAAGACUCUGAAGGCUUGGGAGACCUGACCCUGUUGAACACUGAGAAAAUAUGGCUCCGGAAAGGACACAGCCUGGUGUACUCUAGAGCCAGAAAGAUGCUUCUGUGUAAGUUUACAAUCCAGAAGAAACAGAUCCUUCUACUUGGCUCCCUCUGUCUGCGCUGGCUUAUCCACCUGCGUUCGGGGCAGAGUAAGGACCUCUGAACAUCAUCUCCUUUUCUGCCUGAUACAGCUGACAGGCAGCCUGCAUUUCCUUCAGAGAGAUUUUCCCCCCAGAGUCAAUGCUACAAUUUGAGAAGAAGGAACUACCUAGUUAAGUAAAACCCAAGGAACCAGGAGGUCUCUGAACCUCACUUCAGUCUUGGAAUUUGAUGAGUUUUGCUCCCUCCCUUGCAUUUAAGUACCAUGUCCAUACUGAGUGCCUGAAGGUACUGGGUAUGAACAGUUUCCAUAGUUGAGGUUUUGAACUGAGAUGGCCAGUGCCCCAGGCUAGCCCACAGCUCCUGUAAAGGGGACUCCAAUGUAGCAUCAUUGACUUUAAAGUUUCCCAGAGGCCUGAGCAUUGUCCUUUUGCACUUUGGUGUGAGAUGUGAUUUCUGUCCUCUUUCCAUGUGCUGUGUGAACCUGGCAUGCUGGCUUAGGACAUGGCCUGAUUCAGGGGGUGCUGAAUGGGUGGGGCUGAAAGGGAAAGAAUAAUAGAGACCACAUAACAGUGUAUGGAACAGGGUGGGGCUGCAGCAUCUAACUCUCUCUCUCUUCUUUGCCUGCUUGCCUUGUGGGACUGAGCAACUGCUAGAUCCUUAGAUUUCCAUUCACAGCUGCUGCUGACCACUGUUGGGAGUUGGACUACAGAUUGGCUCUUACUCUUGAGGAGGACACACAACCCGAAGUUCCCUCUUUGAAACACCGUGGACUCCAAGCAACUCAGAUUCCAGGACAAGAAUCUGAAGUCAGAAAGAGUUGAGAAGUUAUCUGAAGGAGAGAUGGCUGGAAACACCCCACAGCUGGAGAAAGAUGUGAAUCCACAGACAUCCAUAGAGCCCUCUGUUCAAGUCAAGUGUCCAGGGGAUAUUCUUCAGGGAGGACGGCAUGCCAAGCGAGGAAGAUGGAUGGCGUCGUGGAAAGGAUUUCAUCUGGGAAGGAGAGACAGUGACUGCAAAAUGAACAUCACUGUCGAUCAGGACACGGACUACGCUGAACUGGUUCUGUCUGUAGGAGAAAUCACACUCGGAGAGAAGACUAGGGAUUCAAUGAAAGAUAGCCAACUGAGAAGAAAAGAAGCCAAAAGUAUAUUACAGGCUGUGUGCACCCUGCUGAAUUCUGGAGGGGGUGUGGUCAAGGCUCACAUUAAAAAUCAAAACUACAGCUUCACCAGAGAUGGAAUGGGACUGGAUUUGGUAAAUCCCUUGCCUGGUAUCCUGCACCUUCCUCAUGACUAUCUAGACUUCAUGCAGUACAACGACUACUUUUUCGUUUUUGUGAAACCAUGGAAGCCGAAUCAGAGAGGUCCGGGGAUCGCCACCUGGAAAACCAACUUGUACAAGAGAAUCUUCUCAUUCUCAGUUGAACUGAAAGCAGCGGAUGCAGUGCAGUUCCUCAAAUCCAGACCAAGUUCCCAUGGAAAAACAGUCUGUAAUGAAACACUAAAUGAAUGUCUUUCCUUAUUUAACAGAGACUGGCUUGCCUAUGAGGAGACAUUCUGUUUCACUAAAUCCACACAUGCUGAAGUAAAAUUGACUCCUAAGGAAAAGAUUUCUCCUAAGGAAAAGAUUUUAGAGCUCCUCCCUCAAACUGUUUCUGCAUUUGCAAACACUGAUGGGGGAUAUUUGUUCAUUGGCUUGGAUGGCAAAACGCAGCAAAUUAUUGGUUUUGAAGCAGAGAAGAGCGAUCUCGUGCUUCUAGAGAGUGAAAUAGAAAAGUGCAUCCAACAGCUGCCUGUCACUCACUUCUGUGAGGAGAAGGAGAAGAUCAAGUACACGUGCAAAUUCAUCGAAGUGCACAAAUCCGGAGCUGUGUGUGCAUAUGUGUGCGCGAUCAGAGUGGAGAAGUUCUGCUGUGCAGUGUUCGCUGCAGAGCCUGAGUCCUGGCACGUGGAAGGCAGCUGUGUGAAGAGGUUUACCACAGAGGAAUGGGUGAAGCGCCAGAUGGAUGCCACUGCAGUGAUGCCUGGAAAGGUGAUAUGCUCUCCAGAAGCCCUCUGCAUGAAACCAUUCUCACAACAUGAAGGCUAUGAGCAGUUAGUCCGGACAGAAUUGGGCUCCCUGCGUAAAGGAACACUGGUUGUCUCCAAGAGCUGGGCUUUGGAUCUGGGCUUGCAAGAGAAGCAGGAAGUUAUCUGGGAUGUGCUUCAUAUUUCCCAGGGCAGUCUCCUGACCCUGCAUGUCUUUGUCCAGGGAGAUGAGAACCUGGAAGGCAACAGCAGUCUUCUUGGGAAACUAGGCGCCGAGUUAAAGGGCUAUUAUAAACAAAUUGCCCUAACAUUAAAGCAGACGUUGGUAAACCAUUGUGGUUACACUGCGAAAAUAGGUAUUAUAGUAAAGAUAACAUACUUGGGUCAUAAGACAAUGUGUCUUUAUGACUCAAGCGCGAAAAUAUGUUACCCCCAAAUAUAUUAUCUGACUACCAAGGCAGUAAAGGACUUAGAAAAAGCUCUCGCUGAAAUCUUAGGAAGUUAUGAGUCUUUCUACAGUUUACCCAGGAGAAACUGGGAUUCUUUUAUGUCUGCGUUUUUAAAUGUGGGCAGUUAUAUAGUUUACUUUUCGAGAAAUGUCUUAACUCAUAUUCGAAUCUGAUGAGUAGGAUACUUAGAAAAAGUUCUUGCUGAAAUAUUUGGAAGUAAUGAGUCUUUCUACAGUUUACCCAGGUAAAACUGUAGUGAUCGUUUUAUGUCUGCAUUUUUAAAGGCAUGCAACUAUAUAGUUUACUUUUCGAGAAAUAUCUUAACUCUUAUUCCAGUCUGUCUUGACACAUUCUGUCUUAAAGGAAAACAUUGUAUCUCUUGUAUGUAAGACAGUCUACAGGCUGGUCUUAGGCCAUGCUGGCAGUUUCUAUGGGGCUACAACAUGGCAUCUAUUUUUUUCUAUUUAUAUGAUCAUUUCCGAUGAAGUAUUGAUAACAGGAUUUUAAGAUGUUGAUAUUGUUCGUUUAGGAUUUGACAUGUAUUUUUUUAUGUUCGUAUCAUCAUGUUGUUUGUGCUGUAGAUAAUACCUUUACAGGUAUUUACAGCAUUGAGUUUACAUGCAAGUAUUACGCAUUAAUUGAAACGUUGGUAUUUCCUUUGUAAAGGAAGAAAUGUCUUUAUUGUAAAUCUACGUUUGUGAAGGAUAAAAUUUCUCGACAUUUAGCCCUUAGCAGCUAUUGUACAUACAGUGGUAACCUGUUGUGACAUUUGAUGGAGUUCAUCAAAAGACUGGUUGCCCAUCACGACAGUUCUGAUAAUGGGGGCUAUGAGUUGGGUGUUCACAGGCCCCAUUAUCCUUAGCCAUGUUCUGCUCUGAUCUAUUUCUUUAUCAAUACAAUUCAUCUUUAAAAUAUACUUCAUUUUUUCAUGUGCUCUGUCCUCAGAUCUGUGUUUUUAUGAAUACAGUUCUUCUACUUGUAUCUUUCUUCAACAAAGCUUCAUUAUUAACUGAGAAGUUAUACAUAAAAAAAUUUGGAUAACAAAGGUUCUGCCAUUUUAAUAUUUCUAAAAUAAAUGAUCUUAACAAAACGUCA